AUGUCCGACGCCAUGUUCGAGGAGAACCAGGUCUGGUACCGAGUCCUGCGCAUGCUCAACUUCUCGAUUCCUCACGCUGACUAUGCCGCGAGCUAUGCCGAUGAUCUGAGCCAGAGCGCAGCUUGGGGCGCUUCCAUCGAAGCCACUCAUGGCCGCCUCAUCGACUUCCUGCAAGACUCGCCGGCCGAUGAUGGCAUUGCGCUCGACGACCACUUGAAGAUGGCACGGACAAAAGCCGUCAAGCCGAUCCGAGAGAUGCUCGCGCCGUAUGCUGUUGCCGCAGCCACGCUUCCGUCCGGCCUCAUGUUGCCGUUUACCGGUCGCAACGGCCUCAAGUCGUUGGCCAGCGAUCGUCCGCCGCCGACGCCCGAUGCGACGGGUGAUGACGACACGCGACCCCGCUUGCUCUCCAUCGACAUCGUCAAGGCCAACUGGACUGUGCUUGCCCUCCGAUGCCGAGCAGAAUGUGGCAUCGCUGGGCGUGAGCCAUGGCUCUCGUGGCCCGAUGCGCUGGAGGCACUCGGUCUCCCGCCGCUCUUUGCUCACCAUCGGUUCUUCCGCCAGUGGGCCGUCUCCACCACUCCAGAGGUACCUGCUGCUGCUGUUGUUGAUCUCCAACAGCAGCUUGUACUCCACGCCCAGGCUAGCCUUGCCCUGGCCCUCGGAGUGUCUGCUUCUGAUCUCGACGCUGCCGUCGUCUUCCGCUCCAAUGACGAGGUCGUCUUUGACCUCGACGUUGCCCCGGCUUCCCUCGACGACCUACACGCUGCCCUCGCUGCGGGCCUGGACCUUGGUGCACCUUGGCUGGCUGGCGAGCCGCUGUGUCUUGGCUCACAUCUCCACGCCACGGCCUACUCGCUCCACGCGGUCGAAUCGGGCUUCAUCAAGCACAUCACUCAUGUUGACGGAGCCGCACAGCGUCUCCUCACCACCUUUGCUGUGCCUGGCCAUGCAUUCUGGUCGAUGACCACCAAGUACGUGCUGGGCAUCGAGCGGAAGUUCCACCAUACCCUCGAGGAUCCAAUCUGUGCCUCGCUUCACAAUGCUGGUCUCGCACCCGGACAGGUCAAUGCUGCAGCUGUCGCGGAUCUCGCUGCUCAGGCCACUGCUGCUGCUGCGGAUCGGGACUUUCCCUACGGCAGGUCUGCGCAUCGCCACAUCCGCAUUGGACCGUCGGCGCUGGUUCCAGUUGCGCCGCACGUGUUCGUCGGAUCCAAGCUCGACGCGGCAUCUCCCGAGCUGCUCGCGGCGCUCGGCAUUGUUCGCGUCAUCAGCGCACGAGCCAAGCAGAGCAGGUCUGUAGAAGCUGCCCGUGCACUGUUGCGGGAUCUGGACGAUACUCCAAACAUCGGUACGUCUGAUGAGCAUGCUAUCAUGUUUAUCGGGCCCGAGACGUCUGCAGGAGGCGCGGCGGCGGCCGCAGCGUUUGCGGUGGCGCGGCUCGGCUCGUCCGCAGCCGCGGCCAAGCGGAUGCGUUGA